CAUUGGACAUUUUGUCGCUUUUUGCUAGGAUCUACCAAAGCCGGGGCUUUCGAUUGCUCUGUUAGGCCGGAGGUGGAGCGGUCGCCCCCGUUUCACAGAGACUAGUCGGAGGCUCGGCGUUAGCGACGCCCACCGUGGCCCCGCAGCCGCGGCGAGACUUGGGAAGGCCGUGUAUGCGUCCCCGUCCUAGACCCGGGCCGCUCCGGGCCCCGCUCCGCCCACCGAGUCCGAUGGCUGCGGCCGCGCCCAGGCACCCGGCUCAGGUCUGUGUGAUCUCAGAGGAUGUGUUUGUGUCAUUCUCCCGGGAAGAAUGGAUGCUCCUUGAUGAUUCUCAGAGACUUUUAUAUCAGGAUGUGAUGCUGGAAAACUUUGCACUUUUAGCCUCACUGGGCAUCGUAUCCUCCAGAUCACACUCAGUCGCCCAACUGGAGCAAAAGGAAGACCCCCAGAUGGCUGCCCAGGUGGAUAUGACCCCAGUCUCAGAAAGAGAGGCUCAGAAGGGACCUGGACUUGGUGGUCGGUGUGCCGUGGAAGAUGAGGCUACGUCCCCUGAGCAGAGUGUUUCUUUAGAAGGAGGGUCACGAGUCAGGACUCCGGGGGCAGGUCUGAAGCCCCAGCCGCGUGACGUAUCUGGCUCAGUAUGGAAAGAAACCUUACACCUGACUGAGUACCAGGGGGGAGAAGCCAGGUUGGAACCACACACGGGCGGGGCCUGUUGGAAGCACUUCUGGCUCAGUGCAAACGUCCAUCAGCACCACACUGCAGAGAAACCCUUCAGAAGAGAUGAGGGCAGGGACUCGGUGAACAGCUGCAGAUUCUAUGUGCCAGAGAAGACCUAUACACACAGUGAGGGUAGAAGGGACUUUACAGCCACCUCUGACCUUCAUCAGCACCAGGUCCCCCACAGUAGGAUGAAGUCCCACAAGAACACCAGGCUUGGGGGAGCCCUUCACCCUGGACAGCGGCAUCACAAGUGCAUCGAAUGUGGGAAAUUGUUCACCCGCAAAGACACACUUACUCGGCACCGGAGAAUCCACACUGGAGAAAGGCCUUAUGAGUGCAGCAAAUGUGGGAAAUUCUUUAGUCAAAGCUGUGACCUUUUUAAACAUGAGACCAUACACACUGGAGAAAGGCCUUAUGAGUGCAGUGAAUGUGGGAAAUUCUUUAGACAAAUCUCUGGCCUGAUCGAACACAGGCGAGUUCACACGGGUGAAAGACUCUAUCAGUGCAGUAAUUGUGGAAAAUUCUUUAGUAGUAAGUCUAACCUCAUUAGACACCAAGAAGUUCACACAGGAGCAAGGCCUUAUGUAUGUAGCACAUGUGGGAAAGAGUUCAGCCGUAAACACACACUUGUUCUGCACCAGAGGACUCACACUGGAGAAAGGCCUUAUGAGUGCAGUGAGUGUGGGAAGGCCUUUAGCCAAAGUUCCCACCUUAAUGUACACUGGAGAAUUCAUAGCAGUGAUUAUGAGUGCAGCCGAUGUGGGAAAGCCUUUAGCUGCAUCUCUAAACUCAUUCAGCACCAGAAAGUUCACUCUGGAGAAAAUCCUUACGAGUGCAGCAGAUGUGGGAAAGCCUUUACCCAAAGGCCAAAUCUUAUUCGGCACUGGAAAGUUCAUACUGGAGAACGGCCUUACGUGUGCAGCAAAUGUGGGAAAGAGUUUAACCGCAAACACACACUUGUUCUCCAUCAGAAGAUUCAUACUGGAGAAAAGCCUUAAUACCACAGCAGAUGUGGGGAAUCCUUUAGCCAAGGCCCCCAACUUAUUGUCCAUUUGAGAAUUCCUAGCAGUGAUUAGGAGUGCAGCAGACAUAGGACAGUCUUUACCCAAGCACCAAACUUUAUUCAGCACUGGAAAAUCCACACUGGACAAAGGCCUCAGCAGUACAGGGAAUGUGCCGUCUCCUUGUUGAGCCUAACAGCUCUCUCCAGAGGGAAGCUCUGAGAGUAGGCUUUGUGAGGGAGCCAUCAUUCCAAAGUGGUACCUCAGACAUAGGAACUUCUGCACUGGGGAGGUUCCUUGUGAGUGCCUGGUAUGUCAGGUGCUAUCAGGAGCUGUGUUGCACAUUGUAAACUGCCAAGUCCCUUUGCCAGUGGCAAAAGCCGUGCCACUAUGACCAUCUGUCAGUCCCACAGUGUGUCAGUCACUCCAGCAUGCUUAGGCAGGUAGACCUGUGCUGUCUCCACAGUCCCUAGAAGGAGUCAUGAUUGGCCUCCAUGGCCCAUGGGGGGCCUCAUUUCCUCCCUUUUGUCUGGGUUAAGCAUGGAAAAAAUCACACAAGAUGGGUUUUCCAGGUAGCUUGCAAAGGUUUAUCUUCAUGGGCUUUUUCAUCUUGUGUGAUGCUCAUUGUGGAUGUGUAUUGUCUCACGGCCUCCAGCCCUGGAAGCACAUGCCUCACCUCACUCAUGUUUGUACAAUAAUAAAGGGGUUAUUCUUUGAGCCACUUUUAUUUUUUAAAGAUUUUAUUUAUUUAUUAGAGAGAGAGCCCGAGCGGGGGUGGGGGGCUGCACAGAGGGAGAGGGAGAAGCAGGCUCCCUGCUCGAUUCCAGGGUCCUGGGAAUCAUGACCUGAGUUGAAGGCAGAUGCUUAACUGAAUGAGCCACACAGGUGCCCCUCUUUGAACUACUUUUAAUCUGGAAGGUUCUGCUCAUUGUGUGUUGAGGACACAGUUGUGUUCUACCAACAUGAAAGGAUAAAGUUUGUGGGAGUCCCCAGUUUUUCAUGUCUCAGAGGGGACACGAUGAUGGCAGAGAAAAGCUCUCACUCCAGGUUUGGCCUACUUUGCAUUGCUACUCAAGGUCUUAUGGGAAAGACUUAGGAACUUUGUGAGACCUGUCAUGCAGCCUGGGUGCUAGUUUAAUUUGUGGGUCCAUAAGUAACUAUGUGGGGAGGUUUUUGUGACAACCUCCAGUGCAUCUGGAAGCAGAAUGAGUUUAGUCCCUUGUCCCCAUGGAAUGUUUCAUAUCCCCAAGCACUAUUAAGAGGAGACUGGCCUCCAGUACCUGGCAAGGACCCUGAAUUCAGAAUUCAGUAGGUAGACGUCACUGGCUGGAAGACCACAGGAGCCAGGUGGGAACUAUAAUGGACACAGACACAAAGUGUGAUUAAUACGGAGUUAGAGAGAUUGCAGCACACUAGACAGAUGCCCCACGAAAGGUACCUGCUCACAGUAUUCCCGUAUUAUGGCUGAGUAGGAUGAGAAGAGUACAGAAAUGGUCAGGAGUUCCAGAGCCGUUUCCUGUGGCCAAGAUCACUUCCAGGACAAAUAACCUAAAUAUUUGUGGGUUCCCUUAGACUCUAGAUGCCUCAGUCAGAACUGUUGCUGCGCUGGCAGGAAAAUGGAUUGAGAGAAGGGAGAUCUGGGAUUCCAGGGAUGUGGCUUUUGUGACUUACCCAAUAUUUUUUUUUUUUAAGAUUUUAUUUAUUUGUCAGAGAGAGAGAGAGAGAGAGAGAGAGAGCACAAGCAGGGGGAGUGGCAGGCAGAGGAAGAAGCAGGUUCCCUACUGAGCAAGGAGCCCAAAGAGGGACUCGAUCCCAGGACCCUGGGUUCCUGACCUGAGCUGAAGGCAGACGCUCAACUUACUGAGUCACCCAGGCGCCCUGACUUACUCAGUGUUCUUGGUGACUCAUAUAGAAACAGCUUUCCUGAGUUGCCAAUUUAUGCUGCCACUGAGGCAGGACCACUCCCAAGGCACGAGGAGAGAGAGAUGACGGAGUAAAUAGGGUUGCCUAUAGGAUUUAGUUUGUCUUUUUCCUACUUUCUUAAGGUGGACUGUUAUUUGUUUGAAAACUCCCUUCUAAUUUAGUCAUUUUAUAAGUUUCCCUGUAAUUACUAUGUUAGCAGCAUUCCCCACAUUUUGAUAUAUUGUGCAUUUGUUUCAUCUUAAGAUAGAAUUAGCUUAAAAUUGGACUGAAAGAGUUCUAGCUUUAUUUCUAGGAGCUUCUGAGUAUCUGUCUUUGACACUCUGCUGAGAUAAGGGCCAUGGGAUUUAUUAUGUGUUGUUUAAUAUCCAGAAAUUUCCUGACCACACCUAGUCCCAGUUUGGUUGCUGAUGGUUUCCAACUGGCAUAAUGGUUAGACAGUCUGGCUUGACUGUGUCACCAGAAAGGCAUAAAAACUCCUACUGGAACCUUCUGACUCUCUGGAAGCCAGGGUUCAUCACUCACAUAUUUGUGGCUUAAUCUGGGACUGAAUCACAGGAGUGUGUGAAUAAGAAUCUGGGAAGCUGCGUGGAUGUUUGACCCCCAAUAUGGCCCCGCAUUUCUUUCUCUUGCUAUGUUACGUCCUUUGCUUUUAAGAAAACCUCACAUGAGUAUGUUCUGUGAAGUCUUGCAAGUAUUUUGAAUUACAAUAUUUGUGAAAUGUUUGCAGUUGGUGAUAAGGAUGGGAUAUUUAAUAUAACCCCUGAUUUUAAUUCAAAUAAUAAUGACUAAGAGGGGAGCGCCUGGCUGGCUCAGUUUGUAGAGCAUGUGAUUCUUGAUCUCAGGAUCAUGAAUUCAAGCCCCACAUUGAGUGUGGAGUCUACUUAAAAAAAAAAUGACUUAGUGCACAGGAAAAAAAGAAGACAAGAGGCUGGUGAGGAAGGAUUUUUGGUAAUGGGAUCCCUGCGUUGCUUAUGUACAAGUGCUGCACUCAGAAACAGGAGGAAAACAUAAGUGAGAACUGGAGUCUGUAGGUCCAUGCUGAAUGGAUUGCAAAUCAGAUACAAACUGAGGAGAUGUCAGCCAAGAAUGUGGUUCCUUGGCUGCCCCCGCCCCCCCGCUUCUAGUAAAAAUAAAGGCAUCGGAGAAGCAGCUAGAGGCUCUUAAAGGUGUAGAUUACAGCGUGUGAUUCAGUAUGAAACCAUACCUUCUAUCGCCAUCCCUCUGAGCCAGCUGAUUGACAUGAUAAAAGGGGAGACAGUAUGAUUGAGGCAUGAUGUUAGGCAUCUCUGUUCAGCUCUCUUGAGUGGGUUUUUAUACUGGGGGAAAGAUAAGGAUUGAGCGCCUGGGUGGCUCAGUUGGUUGAGCGACUGCCUUCGGCUCAGGUCAUGAUCCUGGAGUCCUGGGAUCGA